UUCAAGUUAACGCGUGCAAGCAAAAAAAUCGUAACAACAAUGGCAGUGGCGAGUACCUCUUCGGCUCUCCGGCUCCAGCCUCUCCUCCUCAUACUCCUACUCGCUGCCACCAGCGAGGCCACCACAUUCAAAAUCAUCAACCAAUGCUCCUACACCGUGUGGCCAGCCGCUCUGCCGGGAGGUGGCGUGAAGCUCGAUCCGGGGGAGGCGUGGGCGCUGAACAUGCCCGCUGGUACCUCAACAGGGCGCAUCUGGCCGCGCACAGGCUGCUCACUCCUUGACGAAGGCGGGUCAUGCCAAACUGGCGACUGCAGCGGCUUGCUCACCUGUACGGCCAGUGGUCGAUCGCCAAGCACGCUGGGCGAGUUCAGUCUUGGCCAAGGCCAAAUUGAUGAUUUCUUCGACAUCUCGCUCAUUGAUGGCUUCAACGUGCCCAUGGACUUCCUGCCGGUGCCGGUUCAGGGAAGGUCAGGGUGCAGCAAGGGGCCGCGCUGUGCAGCCAACAUCACAUCGCAGUGCCCAAGAGAGCUAAAGGCUCCGGGAGGGUGUAGCAAUGCAUGUACUGGGAGCACGGCAAGCCGUUGCAACACAAGUUACUCGGCCUUCUUUAAGCAGAUGUGCCCAGAUGCCUACAGCAAGCCUGAUGAUACAUCCACUUACUCUUGCCCGUCGGGCACAAAGUACCAGGUCAUCUUCUGUCCCCUGAUUAAUCAAACACUCUCACCUACAGCUGAAAGUCCCCUGCCUGCACCCCCAGCCGAGGCAACACCUCCGACCCCAAGUACUCUACCUACAACUAUUGGGCCAACAAGCAUGAAACCGAAAUCCCCCUCUGGAAGAAGAGUUGUUGCAAUUCUAGCUCCUGUAGGCGGCUUCAUUUUGCUCACCAUCUUGUUCCUCGUCGCCUUCUUUAUAUGUAAACGAAGAACACAACAACAUGAGAUGGAAGAAGAGGAAGAGUUUGGGGAGCUACAAGGAACACCAAUGAGGUUCACAUUUCAACAGCUAAGAGCAGCAACCGAGCAAUUUGCAGACAAGCUCGGGGAAGGAGGAUUUGGGUCUGUUUUCAAGGGACAGUUUGGUGGUGAAAGGAUUGCAGUAAAACGUUUGGAUCGAACUGGUCAGGGCAAAAGAGAAUUUUCGGCAGAGGUUCAAACAAUUGGCAGCAUUCAUCAUAUUAAUCUGGUGAGAUUGAUUGGUUUCUGUGCAGAGAAAUCCCACAGGCUCUUGGUAUAUGAGUACAUGCCCAAAGGAUCCUUGGACAGAUGGAUCUAUUGUCGACAUGACAAUGAUGCUUCUCCUCUAGAUUGGAGCACGCGGUGCAAGAUUAUCACUCAUAUAGCUAAGGGCCUCUCGUAUCUUCAUGAGGAGUGCACAAAACGAAUUGCUCAUUUGGAUGUCAAACCACAAAACAUCCUCUUAGAUGACGACUUCAAUGCUAAACUUUCUGAUUUUGGACUAUGCAAGCUCAUUGACAGGGAUAUGAGCCAAGUGGUUACCAGAAUGCGAGGCACACCUGGGUAUUUAGCUCCUGAAUGGUUGACAUCACAGAUCACGGAAAAGGCAGAUGUCUAUAGCUUUGGCGUUGUGGUCAUGGAAAUCAUGAGUGGAAGAAAGAACCUUGACACUUCACGGUCAGAGGAGAGCAUUCAUCUCAUUACCCUAUUGGAGGAAAAGGUGAAGAGUGAUCGGUUGGUAGAUUUGAUUGACAAUAAAAGCGCCGACAUGCAAGCACACAAGCAAGAUGUAAUUCAGAUGAUGAUGCUUGCAAUGUGGUGCUUGCAGAUUGAUUGCAAAAGAAGGCCUAAAAUGUCCGAGGUAGUAAAAGUAUUGGAAGGUGCGAUGAAUAUAGACAUCAACAUAGAUCAUAACUUUGUUGUGAAUCCAGCAAAUUUUGGUAGUGCUGGAAAUGUGAGCUCUUCAGCUCCACCUCUAGCUUCAGAUGUAUCAGGCCCCAGGUGAAACAAGACAAUCCUGACAAGGUAGCCAAUUAGAUUGUGAGUAGGGGAUUCUCUCAAAGCUAUGAUCACAAUCAGAUGAACUUAUUUGUAUUCCUUUGUUCAGGUUUUCCUUGUAACACAAAUAUGCUUUGAGCUAUCAUGGUUGAAAUUAGUACUAACAAGUUUUAAA